AAAGACUAGAACCUGAACUGCCGAUGACACUACCAAACCGUUAAUUAACAGCCGUCAAGAAAAACCGACGCAGCCAUUGCCGCCGUUGAGUCACAAAGAUUAAAGAUCGUUUUUUUCUGGGAUUUUGUGCUUGUGGGUGUUUUCUUUUUUGAUUUUUUUUGAGAAAGGGGUUCUAUGGGUGUUCAAGAUUAUAGCUUUUUGAGAGAUCUUCAAGUGGAAUUCAAAGAUUAUGAAGUUACAAAUAAGUUCUCUUUGUGUUUCUGGUUAUACUUGAAUGAACCCUCAACUUUACCCUCUACAAUCCUUUACCAGGAGCAUCCAGAUGUCACAUCCCAUGCUCCUUUCCUGUUACUUGAUGAGAGGAAGAAGAUUUUACUUUUCCCUUCACUAAUUUCAAGCCAUUCAAAUAUUACUUCCUGGAGAGAAGUUGCACAUGCAAUUUCUGAAUGUGAAUUUCCUACCAAGAAAUGGGUUCAUGUUGGAUGUGAGGUCACACAAGAUCUUUUGCACCUCUACUUUGAUGGGAAGAUUGUAGGUGAGAAGUGUUUGACUUCCUCACCCUCACUCAGUAAUGAUAUGGGAUCAGACAAUUCUAGAAUAUCUUUGACUUGCAUUAGUGGAAAGGAUUCUCAGCUGGAUGGUUAUGUGCACAGUUCAGAGCUCUUUCCUAUACUAUCAACUAUAGAAAAUCACUAUGUUAAGGACCCUCCAGUACAACUAUCUAUUGAUAGUUCAAGCGCCUAUGAAAUUGAAGAAGACAGUGAUGGUGUUUGGAGCAUUGUUGGUGGAAAGGCCUCCUGUCGGAGAAACUUUGAUAUAGAUGUAACACUGAUGGAUAACUUUAGCCGCCCCAUGACUGAAGAAGCGGAGGUUGUUGCUUCGCUUGUGUACUCUGAUGAUAAUACACCGGUUGAGAAGCCAGUUGAUGCUGAUGCAGCCCUUCUUACAAGUUAUGAUGGAAUUGAAUAUGCUUCUUCUGAUAGACCAAGCAAAGUAAUAAGUGGACGUGCUUCCUUUAAGCUCAAGAUAUCUCAGCUUUCAUCCAAGUGCGAUAACAGGCUGUUUCGCAUUAGGUUUGACAUUCCAAAACUGGGUAAAUAUCCUUUCCUUGAGGUAUUUUCCAGACCAAUACGGUGUAUUUCUCGGAAUCGCAGCACACGGGCGACCUCUCUAAUGUUGAGGAAAUCAUCUUUGGGGAUCCAUUUGCUAAAUAGAUCUCAAUCUCCUGUGUUGGACGAUGGAUCUUCUGACCAUCUCUGUAUUGUACGUGAAGCAAAACAAAGUCCAUCAUCAAAACGGGUCAAAUUAGGACAAGAGAAACUAUGUGCAAAUUUUAAGGAUGAUUUUGUGCUGAAGCAAGCUAAUGGUGGUUCAAGAUCUCAUUCCUGGACCUCUGAGGAUAACCAUGCACAUCAGAACUCUUUGGUGGCAAGACCAGUAAGCCAUGGUGGGGCAGAAAAUUUCUCCUCUGAUUCAGAGAACAGUGAAACUACGAACUCGCCCAUUGAUGACUUGCCAAGUAACAGAGAUCCAAUCUCUGAUAUGGUUGUUUUUAAAUACUGUCUCGCUGAUCUGAACGAGAGGCGUCUUCUUCUCAAGGAAAUGGCAAUGACUGCUAAAGAAGAAGAACUUGCAACCUUUGCCGAGAGAGUCUCUUUAUUCUCUGGAUGUUCACACCACAGGCAUCAAAUAUCAAUUUCAAAGAGGCUGAUAGAAGAGGGAAUUAACUGUUGGAACUUAAUAUCCAACGAUAACCACCAUGUCCUUUGGGAGAAUUUGGUGUCCGGGCUUCAAGAGCAUUUCCUGAAGAUGACAUUUGGUCGUAUCAGAUCUCUAACUCAUCAGGAUUUCAACCUCCUGAGGAGAGUCUCUGGUUGUCAAGAUCUAGUGUCUCAAGACAACUUUGAAAAGUUGUGGUGUUGGCUGUACCCAGUAGCUUUUACAUUGUCACAGCAAUGUAUUUCUUCAUUGUGGGGUUCGACAUCACCCAUGUGGAUCGAAGGGUUCAUAACCAAGGAAGAAGCAGAAUCUUCACUUAAAAGUCUGGGAGCUCUUCAAGAACCAGGUACUUAUAUACUGCGGUUUCCUACAUCAAGGAGCUGGCCCCACCCUGACGCUGGUAACUUGGUUGUCACUUAUGUUGGAAGUGACUAUACCAUUCACCAUAGACUUAUGUCCCUCGAGUUCAUUUACAGUUCUGGGGUCAAGGGAACGACGAUAAGGCCAAUUCAAGACAUGCUGCUUGAACAGCCUGAGCUCAGGCGACUCGGAAGGAUUGUGAGAAGCCAGUAGGUCACUCAAGAUUUAUACUUGUAUAGCCAUAUCAGAGAAAUGAAAAAAAGGAAGUGUUCAAAGGAGAAAGAGAAACUAAGAGGGGGGAUGGGGUUUUAUACUUCGUAUAUAUGAAUGUCUGAGCAAUUUGUGAAUGUAAACGAUGUGAUAGAUUUUUGUAAACCUCCUCCUGCUUGACUGGAAAUUGAAAACCUCUUAGUAGGGAAGCGUGUUCGCCUGGUGCAAUUUCAGAUUU